UCCCUCCCCGACUCUGUCCCUGCCUCCAGCAGUUAGCUCCCAGUCCGGACAAUCUCCGGCUCACUCACUCGCUCGCUCGCAGUCGCGGACGGAGAGACGCGCCGGCUUCAACAUGACCUGGUGCCGCUUCUUGCUGGUCGUCUGCUCGGCCGUGUCGUGGGCGAGGGCAACGGAGCCCGGCCUGGCCGAAGACUCCCUGCCCGAGUAUCACCGGUACACUGAGCUGCGCAGAGCCCUGGUGGGAGUAUGGCUCCAGUGCCCCAGCAUCAGCCGCAUCUACACGGUGGGCAAGAGCAGCGAGGGUCGGGAGCUGCUGGUCAUCGAGUUGACCGACAAGCCCGGGGAACAUGAAGCCGGAGAGCCAGAAUUUAAAUACGUUGGCAACAUGCAUGGGAACGAGGCAGUGGGAAGAGAACUGCUUGUCUUCCUGGCACAGUAUCUAUGCAAUGAGUACCAGAAUGGAAAUGAGACGAUUGUCAACUUGAUUCAUAGCACGCGGAUUCACAUUAUGCCCUCCAUGAAUCCUGAUGGCUUUGAGAAGGCUUAUUCACAGGUGGACGACAUGAAGGACUGGUUUGUGGGCCGCACCAACGCAGAGGGGGUCGACCUCAACAGGAACUUCCCUGAUCUCGACAGAAUCAUUUACGUUUAUGAACAGGAAGGAGGCCCCAAUAACCAUCUUCUGAAAAACUCAAAGCUUUCCGUGGAGCGCAAUCCAAAGCUCGCUCCCGAGACUAAAGCUGUCAUCCAGUGGAUCAUGGAUAUUCCAUUCGUGCUCUCUGCAAAUCUCCACGGAGGCGAUGUUGUGGCAAACUAUCCUUACGACGAGACUCGAACAGGUUCUUCACAUGAAUACAGUGCGUGCCCAGAUGACAAGAUUUUUAAAAGCCUGUCGGAAGCUUAUGCUUCUUUGAAUCCGGUCAUGUCGAACCCUAAUAGACAACCAUGCCGCAAGAAUGAUGAUGACAGCAGCUUUAUUGAUGGAACUACAAAUGGAGGAGCUUGGUAUAGUGUUCCAGGGGGUAUGCAGGAUUUUAACUAUCUGAGUAGCAAUUGCUUUGAGAUCACAUUGGAAUUGAGCUGCACAAAGUUCCCACCAGAAGACACACUUCAGAUCUACUGGGAUGAGAAUAAAGACUCCCUCAUUAAUUACAUCCGACAGGUCCAUCGUGGCAUUAAAGGCUUUGUUCGUGAUUAUCACCAGAACCCAAUUUCAAAUGCGACUAUAUCUGUGGAAGGCAUAAAUCAUGAUAUCACUUCUGCAAAAGACGGUGAUUACUGGAGGCUCCUCGCUCCUGGAAACUACAAAAUCACAGUUUCUGCUCCUAACUACCUGGCAAUAACUAAAAAAGUGGCCGUUCCCAUCAGCCCAGCCAUGGUGCUUGACUUUAGCCUGGAGUCAUUUUCUGAGCGAAAGGAAGAGGAGAAGGCGGAAAUAUUGCAGUGGUGGAAGAUGAUGUCUGAAACCCUGAACUUUUGAACAGAAGGAUUUUGCUCAUGCUUUCAUGGGAAGUGUCAAGCAACUUGGUCCUUUUUUAAAAAUCAUUUAAUUAUUUAUGUUUGAUGUUCUAAUCUUACUUGAGGAGAUUGAUGUAGGAAGUGAUGCCUUGAGGUAAGGUGAUCAAUCUGAUGACCCUCCUCUCUUAUUCAAGCCACUUCUUCAGCUAGAACAUAUAUUGCCAUUUGGCAGUGAUUCCGUUUGCUCGCCUUACUGAAAGAUGGUUUCUCUUCCUCCAUGGUCUUUUUUUAGAUACAUGUGAUCACUACUACUGUGUUUAUAUCUCCGCGUGGUAAUUCAUUAAAAGAUCCUAAACUGUGUGUCAUAACCAACAAUGUGAGGUAAUGCUUAGAAUUCUUUAGAGCAACUCAUCGCAAAUGAAGUUGGUAAGAUCUUUGGGGAUUCAUGUAACUGGCUUUUGAAGGUGUUUAAUGGAAGUCUAAUUUGGCCCCUACUUCAAACUGCUAAUGAUUUAUGUAUGAAAAUGUUCAAUUCCCUUAAUGGUUUGAACAUCAUCCAUACAUUGUAAGCUUAAACGACCUGUCUCACUUACGCAAUUUUUUUCGCCGACUUGCCGGCACCCGUCAUAGUCGCAGCAGGUCGCCGAAAAUUUUCAACAUGUUGAAAAUCCAGCGGCGACCAGAAAAAGGUACGACUCUUUGGGCGACUACUCACGACCAAACAGGCGUCACCACGACCAUACAGGCGACAUGUCGCGGGCUGACGCCUGUAUGGUCGUGAGUAGUCGCCCAAAGAGCCGUACCUUUUUCUGAUCGCCGCUGGAUUUGUUCAAAAAUGUUGAAAAUUUUCGGCGAAACGCUGCGACUAUUGACGGGUACCGGCCGGCCGAAAAAAAUCACGUAAGUGGACAGGCCCUUAAAGUUAAUCGAUUCCACAGCUACAGAUGUAUGCUGCAGCAAGUUCCUAAACCAUGAGAUUGAGCACUUGAAGGAAACAAUUAUCUGUCUCAUGUUUAUAAUGUAAAACGAGUUAUGCUUUACUGUUCCAACUUUAGUCGCAUGUGAAGAUUUGAAACCAAGUUAUUUAAAAUAUGAUGGUAAACAAUUUAAAGGUUUAGAAUAUAUCUUGAGGGACCGUGUAUGCCAGCAGUAUGCUCUCCAUUUGGUAGUUAGUUAAAAUCAACUGUAAUAGCACAUGAUGGUACGGCUAAUCUGAUGGUAUGGUUAAUCUGUCUUCACAAGCACGUUGUGUCAGAAUGUUAAUGAAGCUAAUAUCUUGUGUCUUUAUAGAAAGAUGCUAUACACUGUUUUGAAACAUUAAGCAUUGCAUUGUCACCUCAGAAUUUGUGGAGAACAGCACCUGCAUAUAUUCAUGAUCGUAUAUAAUUCAAAAUGUACUGAACUGUAACUUGUGAUUUUCUGUGUGCUGUGUUUGUGAUAAAAAAAAUAAUCGUUGCCCAAUAA